AUGUUGUCUUGGGCUGGCUUUCCCCAUUUCACCAACAAGCCACGGGGGGUCAUGACUGGACAAUCUGAAAUGACGCCGGAUGGCGCCUCAAGUCUCUCACUCCGAGGUAGUGGUAAGUACAAGCCGAGAGCUGAAAGCCUUUCCCCUCCCCCUUGCUCUCACUCUCAAACGCCGGUUGGUGCCCCGCUAAAAGAUGUGGAAGACAACCAGCUUUCCUUGAAAUCUUCUGGACACCGAGACACUUCCCCAGAGACGCCGAGCGGACACCGAGCCAACGUUAGCGAGAAGAAGCAGCGGAGGAGAUGGCCACUUAAAAUGUGGGACUUAGUGGUUGACCAAUGGUUUCUAAUUGUCAUGGGCAUCCUGAUUGCUAUUGCCUCUCAGGUGCAGGUGCCCAAGUCCCAGCAGCAAUUGAAGCAAACCGUCGUCAACUAUCUAGCAGUCUCCGUCAUUUUCUUCAUCAAUGGAUGCACACUUCCUACACAGGUCCUAAUAGAAAAUCUGAGCCGCUGGAAGGUGCACAUCUUCACCCAGGCGCAAUGUUAUCUCCUGACCUCAUCUAUCAGCUAUGGUAUUGUCAGCGCCUGUGCAACCGACAAGGAUUUUAUGGAUCCGGCACUAUUAAUCGGAAUCAUUAUUGUGGGGUGCCUUCCUACCGCCCAACGGAAAUGGAGCCUUGACUAUCGCGCAGUCGACCAUUGGGAAUCUUCUUGGUCCAUUCCUGACGACAGCUUUGUUAAAGCUCUAUACCAGUACUGGCGCCUGGUACACAGAUAUCCUGCCGGAGACCGAAGGAUUCACCGAAACAUAUCGAUAUGUCUUCAAGCAGCUGGGGCUUUCGGUUUUUGUCCCACUGCUGGUCGGGCAAAUUAUAGUCAGCGUAUUUCCACGUCUAGUGAAGAAAGUAUUCAUAGAGUGGAAAUUAAGCAAAUUGAGCUCUUUUGCAUUGUUAAUCGUUAUCUGGAGUACAUACGAUGGCGCAUUCGAGUCAGAUGCAUUUUCCGGCGUGCAAUCGGAUAA